GAGAGGUACUGAUAAGCGUAGACCAAGACAGAAGCCUAACUUCGAGACCAAUUCUGCUCUUUUGAAAUAUCAUACAAAGUACAAUACUACACUAAAGGAUAUCAGAUAUCUUGCUAUAUUUAUCAAGGAUUCAUUGCCGAUACACUGGAGCGUUCAACUUAAUCUAACAAUACGAUCAUUUUUAAGAACAAUGAUAUCUCUAGUCCUUCUUUCCACACUUGCCGUCCUAGCACCACAACUGGUCAGCGGAUCACCCUAUAGUCAAAUGCGCCGCUCUUUAGAUCAGCAAUGCCCCCCAGGGGUAUGGGGUUGCAAACGAUCAGUCUUAACAGAAGAAGACCAACAGUGUCCCCCAGGGGUGUGGGGUUGCAAGCGAUCUACCAUAAAAGAGGAUAAUCAACAAUGUCCCCCAGGGGUGUGGGGUUGCAAACGCCGCGAAGAGAAAGAAGAUCAACAGUGUCCCCCAGGGGUGUGGGGUUGUAAGCGUGGUUUGAAUAAAUUCUUUCCUAAUAUGUGGCAAAAAGGUCAAAAGACUGAAAAGCAACAACGAUCAAUUGACGAUGAACAACAAUGUCCGCCAGGAGUCUGGGGCUGCAAGAAAGACAGUAUUGAAAUUAAAGAGGACCAACAAUGUCCGCCAGGGGUCUGGGGCUGCAAAAGAAGUCUGAAGAAGAAAAUAGUGCGAAGGUCUGUCGAUCAGCAAUGUCCGCCAGGGGUCUGGGGCUGUAAGAAAGACAGCAUUGAAAUCAAAAACGACCAACAAUGUCCGCCAGGGGUCUGGGGCUGCAAGAAAGACGUCAUCGCAAGGAAGACUGACGACCAGCAAUGCCCUCCAGGAGUCUGGGGMUGCAAAAGAGAAAAAGUCGAGUCUGAAGACGACCAACAAUGCCCGCCAGGAGUUUGGGGAUGCAAAAAGAGAAGUUUAAAAGUCAAAAAUAACUAAGGAAAUGAGAAUUGAACUUCCUAAUUAUGAAAUUCAAAGCAUCAAAUAGUUAAAAGCGGAAAAAAACUUCCUGAAAAAACUGUUCUCAUCUUGAAGAAGACAGGUCACGUGUAAAACUUGUACAAACUACACAGGGUACCCAAUAAGAUACGCACAAUUAAUUUAAACGAAAAUUUUUGAACUCAUUUCUGUUGAAGAAGAAAAAGAUAUAUUGACACUUAGGAAGUACAGUGAUUGAAAAUAAAACCAAGACCAGAAGAUGAA